AGAACUUGCCUUGAACCUGUACAUGCUGUAAGUGUAUAUCAGUUUCCAGAUAACUUCGCUUUUCUUCAGCUAAACGGAAUAAUGUUCAACAGCAAUGGCUACUUACAACACACUGCAGGACAGGAUCAGAGUAGCCAAGGAGCUGCUUGAGCAAGUGGGCAAGAUUUGCAGUCGACAAGGCCGUGAGGUCGAGGGACGUGCUAAACUGUGCAGUAAGCUCCGAGCUGAGCUCAAGUUUCUACAGAAGGUGGAGGCCGGCAAGGUUGUGAUCAAGGAGUCCCACCUGCAAAGCACCAAUCUCACUCAUUUAAGGGCCAUCGUUGAGUCAGCCGAGAAUCUAGAAAAUGUGUUGAGCGUCCUGCACGUGUUCACCUAUGAGGGACCUGAUGGACAGAAGCAGACGUUGGUAGUCGACGUGGUGGCAAACGGAGGGCACACUUGGGUGAAAGCCAUCGGGCGCAAGGCGGAGGCACUACACAACAUCUGGCAAGGCCGUGGCCAGUAUGGGGAUAAAAGCGUGAUCCGGCAAGCUGAAGAUUUCCUUGAGGCCAGUCAGCAGCAGCCUGUGCAGUACAGCAACCCUCACAUUAUAUUUGCCUUCUACAAUGGGGUAUCCAGCCCUAUGGCAGACAAGCUCAAAGAGAUGGGCAUAUCUGUGAGAGGUGACAUUGUUGCUGUUAAUACAAUGCUCGAAAGUGGAGAGGAGGAGGAGGAAGAGGAGGAGGAAGAUGACAGUGAAGACAAACAUGGUGGUGUGGAAGAGGGCCAGGAGGGAGAAAAUAAUUUUUUGGUCGAGGAAGAAGAGGAUGCUGAUGACGACGAUAGUGACGAUACAGACCUCAUGCACACCCGAGUUGACCGAGACACCAUUGUGGCCAGCCUUGCCUUCCCUACUGAGGUGAAGGUAGAUGUGUGCAACAGGGUGAACCUUGACAUCACCACUCUGAUAACUUACGUGUCCUCCCUCAGCCACGGCAACUGUCACUUUACUUUUAAAGAGGUGGUGCUGACAGAGCAGGCCGCACAGGAACGGCAAGAGAAGGUCCUGCCCCGGCUGGAGGAGUUCAUGAAGGGAAAAGAGUUGUUUGCUUGUCAUUCUGCAGUUGAAGAUUUCCGGGUGAUCUUGGAUACGUUAGGAGGCCCAGGAGAAAAAUCCCGAGCUGAGGAGCUGCUAGCCAGACUCAAAGUGGUUCCGGACCAGCCGUCUGAGCGAACCAACCGCUUAGUUGCGAGCUCAAAAGUGAACCGUAGAUCACUGAUGAUCUUUGGGACGGGGGACACGCUGCGGGCCAUCACUAUGACUGCGAAUAGCGGAUUCGUUCGCGCUGCUGCUAACCAGGGUGUGCGAUACAGCGUGUUCAUCCACCAACCUCGCGCACUCACUGAGGGGAAAGAAUGGAGAGCAACUCCAAUAUGACUGAAGGGCUGUUAAAGUAAUAACAUGUCAGCAAUUAAGAAGGUUAUUGCAUAAGAUAUGGGGAGAUUUAUAUUGUAUAAGAGAUGGUUAGAGUAAUAUGUCAUGCUUAAAACCAGACACUUGUAAGAGAGCCACUACUGUAUACUCGCAAAUAAAUUGCACGGCUGACGCAGACACUCA